AUGGUGGACGACCUUAAGAUUUCGUUGGUUACCGGACAGAAGGCCCACACCGAUGACCAGAUGCUCGAUAAGCUGUCAACUAGCUCGUACAUGUUCACCCCCAGGCCGCUGGUAGAAAACAAGUUAAUGAAAAACAAUUUACCCAGGCCGCUGGUAGAGACGUUCAAUGUGCAGUCCGACGGGAUCAACGAGAUGACCAACUCGACGAGUGACUGGCUGUUGUGGAUGUGUACUCGGUGUCCGUUGGCAACGAAGUGGAGUAGAAGCAGUGGUCGAGCCAACAAAAGCGAUGGCGAAGAUGAUUGGGCGUCAUGA